AUGCUACGCAAGCCUGUUCCGCUGUUACGCGGUCAAAGACGACCGUUCCACCAUCCAACCUUUUCAUACCGGACAAACCUGAGCCAGUCAUGCCCCUUUAGUUGGAAUGCGAUCCAUGAGCCGUAUGACUACACAAGAGCUCGCUUCUUGGUAAAUGAAAAUCACGAGAUGGCCAUACGCCGGGUAAAGUUCAAUAUGAGUGAGCUAGUAAAGCGUGCGGCUGAAUCAGUCGGCUUUUCACACGAUCAAUGCGUUAAUGUUGAGAGACUCCCGGAUGGCAUGUUCAAUAAAGCUUUCCUCUUCACCAUGCAGGAUGGUACACAGGUUGUAGGUAAGGUGCCAAAUCCGAAUGCCGGGCGGCCACACUACACCACAGCUAGUGAAGUGGCAACGAUGGAUUUUGUAAGCAAGCUUCAUACUACCCGCUUCACCGGUGUAAGGAAUAAGCUGAGUACUCCGGUGCCGAAGGUUUUGGCUUGGAGCUCAAACGCAAGCGAGAACCCAGUUGGUGCAGAAUACAUUAUUAUGGAGAAGGUUGGAGGUAUCCAGCUGAAUAAAGUUUGGCCACGGAUGAAUAUUAAGCAGAGAUUUGAGCUCGUCAUGACAAUAGCCAGGUAUCAAAAGGCCUGGAUGUCGAAGUCGUUCAUCCAAUAUGGGAGUCUAUAUUAUUCCAAAGACUUGCAAAGUAACAGUGGCUGCAUCCUCGUGAAUGAAGACGGGUCUCGGUUCAAAGACGACCGAUUUGCUAUCGGUCCAUCAACAGGAAGAGGGUUCCUUGACGACGGUAGGAUCGACGUGGACUUUGAUCGGGGCCCCUGGGAUAAGCUGUACGGAUACAAAUUAGCAAUUGGGUUCCGAGAACUCGCCUGUGUACAGGAAAUGCCCCAAUUACCCCGGUCAAUCCUGGGUUUAUACGGUCCCGGCACAUACCGUCGCUCACCAUCGAAGAAAAUAGCUGCUAUUCGGGACUAUCUCCGCAUGGUGCAUUUCUUCCUCCCAGCGGAUGACUCAAUAUCGUCCGCAUGCUUAUGGCACCCUGAUCUCCACGUUGCGAAUAUCUUUGUUAAUCCCGAAAAUCUAUCUGAGGUUGUAGGCAUCAUUGACUGGCAGUCUACUGAGGUUUUACCUCUUUUUGACCAUGCACGUCAGCCAUAUUUUCUUGACUAUGAUGGCCCUCCAGCAACUGGCCUCGAUCCACCGGACUUCCCGCGCGACUUUGAUCAACUCAAUCCUGACGAAAAGAUAAAGGCUGAAAGGCUUUACUUGAACAUGUCUCUCACGACUCUGUAUAGAAAGCUCACUUAUGGCAAGAAUAAGAGAUUGUUCAAAGCUAUGGAGUUUCAGCAGACAUCGAGCUUUGACAUGAUGCUAUUCGCUCAGAAUUUGCUCAUAGAUGGAGAAGCUUUGUAUCGAGCCCGGGCUAUUGAGCUUGAAGAGGAGUGGUCAUGUCUCCCGGGCGUACAGGCUUUCGGAAAUCCACCAUUUCCUUUGCAAUAUACUACCGGCGAGGUCAGAUCUAUUCACGAAGAUGCAGAUAAGGCAUCCCGAAGCAUGGAGCUGAUGCGAGGCGUGAAAGAGUCUCUGGGUGAACUGUGGCCAGAGAAAGGCAUCGUGCCGCUUGAGCGGUAUGAUGAAGCUAGGGAGCUUCUCAAGCAUGUUAAAACAGACUUGAUUAACCAGCUCGCAAAUUCCGAAGAAGAGAAAACUGGCUGGGACAAGGCAUGGCCAUUCGAUAACUGA